AUCGUCGAAGCUAUAGUACAAAGACCCAUACGACAUAAAUUUUUUCAAGUAAGAUUUGAUUUUUUAAUAACGAAUUCAAACUAAGUAAAUGUGUACGUAUAGCAACGUACCUUGGAGUUCUGACCUUGACAUUCCAAAUUUUUUUUUUAUAUAACACGAUCCAUUCAACCGGACUGCUAACUCUCGAAACUGGCUUUUAAAGAGAGCAUUCCAUUCUUACAGUUGGAAUUCUAAUUGAAAUUGUCGACUUUGUACGGUUUACCUCCAUUUGCAACUUAAAAAUUGCACUUAACUGAUUUUGUUCAUUCGGUUUUUUUUUUUUUUUUUUUUUUAUUUACCGCGGUAUAUGAAAUUAUUAAGAUUAAAAAAUUAGCUCAAUCGAUCGAUACAUUCUACGGCUGUGAAAAUAUUAAGAAACGUGUGAGAAAUCAGGUAGAUUAAAUUAAAAUCAGAGAUACAGAUUAUUGGAAAAGAAUACGACACUCAAAUUUCUUGUAGUUCGGCAUUUCAGGCAAAGUGGUGUCGCUAGUUUCAAGUAUUGUAAUGGCGAAUGAUCAUUAGGUCUAGCAAACUGGUCUGCUGGUCUGGAUAAACAGGUAUAAAUGGCGACGGUUGGUUGAAUGUGACAGUACUAUGACAGUACAAUCGAACGUAUUUAUUGUAAAAAUUUGUAAAAAUCUUCGUUAUCGUGGUUUUUCGUUGUUCGGCCAAAUGAGCGAGUACUAACAAUGGGAGACUUAUUUGAUAUUGCAAAUUUAAUCACUACUGUCGGUGUUGAUAGAAUAAAAAUUAAACCGGAGCCUGGACUGCCAGAAAAAUCGUCGAAUGAAAUACUGACAGAGUUAUUUAGCACGUUUGAUGCCGAAGAAGCGAUACCAUCACCAGAGAAUACCGAUCAACAAGUUCCAAAUGCCAGUAUUAAAACUGAGAAACUCAAGAAGUCUCAGAUCAAGAAAAAGAAGACCAAGAAGAAACACAAGCACAAGGAUAAAAAGCAUAAAAAGAAAUCGAAACGUAAUUCCUCUGAAAGUAACAGCGAUCCUGAAAGUUCUAAUGUUAAAAAGAAAAAGAAGCAUAAAAAGAAGACGAAAAGAAAGCAUGAAAAUGACUCGAGUAGGUCAUCAGAUUCAGACGAGCCUAAGAAUAAAGUGUCAAAGCUUAAUAGUUCGUGUAACAAUGUAAACAGGAAAAGUUAUAAUAAGGAUAAUGAAUUUGACAAACAAAAUACAGUUGCAUCAACAAAUUUGGAAGAAGUAUUAUCAAUUAAACAGGAGCCACAGAUGGAAAGCACUUUUGUGAAAAGUUCAGAAAGUCCUCAAUUGCCUCCUAUUUCAAAAAAGCUUGAAGAGGAUCCCGAAGAAUUGCUGAUACCUAAAAUUCUUGAAAAAUCAAAGCAAGCUGCUCAAGGAAAAAUCUUAAUAAAAGAUCUCAAGAACAGUACAGUUUAUAACGCGACAGUGAAGGAAAUAGAAAACAAGGUAAAGGAAAAAGCAGCUAGAAUGGAAGAUGGCGAAAUAUCUGAUAGUAGUACAGAUAACAGAACUCCGACGUUAAGUCCUAGCCCAUUACAAUAUACUUCGCAUAGAUCGCCGACGUUAAGUCCGACAUUGGACAAAAUGGAAAAUAGAGUGCUAAGUCCUACAAAAUGGGGGAAAACUGCAAGAAAUGAUUUGAGAUUGAUUUUGAGGGAAAAAGAGAAAAAAAGACUCGAAGGUAUGGAUAAAAGGACAGACGAUGUAGAUAAGUCAAAGUUGUACAUGGAUGGCGAAUACAAAGAAAAAGUAUACAGAGAUGGUAAACAUAAUCACAAUUGUCACUCGCAAGAAAAAAGAAGAUCCGAAUCUCGAACGCGCUCGGACUCCCAUAGAAGUAGAAGCAGAGGGAGAGAUAAACGAAGAGAUAGGAGUAAAGAUAGGCACGAUAAAAGUCGAAGCAACGAUAGACGAGAUUCUGGAAAAAGUAGAGAAAGGCGAAGACAUAGAAGUCGUAGCGACGAUAGAAGCAGAGAUAAAUAUGUACGAGGACGAAGUAGAAGUAAAGAACGGAAGGAAAGAAUAGAAAUUGAUAAGAAGAAAUUAUUAGAAAUUGCAAGGAGAAAUGCAAUAAACAUGAUUAAACAAGGAACACUACCAUUAGCUCAACAAGACAAAGCAAUUGCCGCGAUACAAGCUGGUGGAAAAACGGUAGAUGAACUCACAGACUUUUGUAAAUCAUUAUCAAAAUCUGAAGCAUUAGGUGAACUUUCUAGUAUUUCAUCUGAAGAGGAUGGAAGUGAAUCUGAAAAAGGUUUUCACCAUCCUUUUUUGCUCAAAGGGCGACCGAGUUCUAUUAUUAUGAAUAUUCGGGAUGCUAAACAAUUACCGACAAAAACAUUCCAAGAAAAAACAGUAGAAUCAUCGAAUCAACUACGUUUACAAUUUCCUGUAUCGAGCGGCCAACAUCAUAGAAAAAGUGAGAAUGAAUGGGUACCGGUAAUACCAAAAAAACCAGAACCAAAAAAACAGUUUGUACCAGCUUCUACGCCGAGCGAAUCUCCUCCUGUUAUACCUCCGCCUGCACCUGUUCAGCCAGUGCAAGCAGCAACAGUUUUUACCCAACCAGUAACAACAGAGUUGAUAGAUAUCGGCUCGAUAGUAUCUCAACGAUUAGCAGCAAUGAGAAAAUUAAGAGAAAAUCCAAAUGACGUAUGUGCUCAAAAUGAAAUGUAUCGUGCACAAAACGAGAUGAAAACGUGGGCUGAAAGUAAGCAGAUGCCAGGUCAGUUUACUGGCAGUACAGGAGCCAAAGUGCUCUCGCCUGCAGAACUUACUUCAGGUUACCAAGCCUGGGCUCGUAAGGCACGUAGCUACAUCAGAGAAGAAACACCUUCAGCGGCGUGAUGUCGAAUUUAUGAUUUCUUUGGUAAGUAUCAUCACCCAAAAAAUAUUAGAAUUUUAUAUAAUCAAUUAUACAUUGAAGUAUCAUGAUUGGACAUAAAGUAAUAAAAAUUAUUUUACUUCUUUUUGUACACAUAUAUAUGUAAGCAUUGAUUAUUUCGUCAAGAGCGGUACAUCACAGAUAGCAUUGAGUUUAUUUUAUUCUGCAUACAUAUAUGUACAUAUAUUAGUGCACAUAUAUAUUACUACUAUUCUAUCUCUUAACAUAUUGUGAACCGGAAACUGCGAAACCAAUUUGAUUAAAAAUACUGUUUAUGAUGUGAUUUAUUGCCUUGUGUCUUAAAUGCUUGACAAUUAAGUAACGACGAUUUGCGUUUGUCUCGUUCUGUGUUCUACAAAUAAAAAAAUCCCGAUUCACGUCUUUUGUCGCCAACGUUUGUAAAGUGAAAAACUCCGAUUCACGUCCCCCGUCCACAAUCUGUUAAUUCGAUUGAUAGUGUAAUAUCAAUUAUAUCCUAACCUAAUGAACUAUUUAGGACCAAUUAGUAUCAGCACAACCUGUUUCGGGUGGGAUGGGUAUGGCUUUACUACAGAAGAUGGGUUGGCGACCAGGGGAGGGUUUGGGAAAAAAUAAAGAAGGUACUCUUGAGCCGUUGCAGCUCGAGGUAAAAUUGGAUAAAAGAGGCCUCGUUUCUGAACAAGAUAUUGGACAGAAAAUAGGGAAAACUGCAAAGCCAUUGGUGCCUGCGAUCAAAACUUUGGAAGG